GUACCUUGCAGUUGACUCCGGAAGACUGUAGUAAGAAUGAAGAUACUAAUAAUAUUUUUUGCUGUUUUUGCAGCAGCUGUUGCAAAUACAGUAUUUUUAACCGACGGAGAAGUCCCUCCGGAAUUUACAGAUAAUUCUAGAUAUCUUUUGUGGAAGCAUGAAGAAGGACCUCGAAAAGGACUGACCCAAGUUGAAGAUCUACAAGCAAAUGUCAACCUAUCUGAACCAGAGUUGAUGGCUAGUGAACGAACUGUUAGCUUUUAUGUUUAUACUCCUAGAAAUCCAACACAAGGUGUGCAAAUAAGAGAAAGUCAAUUAAGGAACUUAGUCGAGCUUACUGGAUUCCAAAUAGGCAGACCAACAAUAGUUUCUAUUCAUGGUUGGACCAACGAUUAUAGCUCUUCAGUUAAUACACGCAUUAAAAAUGCUGCUUUGGAAAAACACAACAUUAAUUUCAUCGUUGUCGAUUGGAGCUCCAUUUCUAGACGGCCGUACACUACUGCACAAGGCAAAGUUUUGGAGAUCGGAAACUAUAUUGGAGAUAUUCUUUUAAGAAUGGAAAGCGAGCUGGGACAUAGAGUUGGAUUAAACACUCUGGUUGGAUUUUCACUUGGAGCUCACAUUGCAGGAAAUACUGGAGCAAGAACGGGCCGUACUGAAGUGAUUGUUGGAUUAGAUCCAGCUGGUCCUUUAUUCUCCAGGAGAAGAACCGACAACCGCCUUGACCCUACUGAUGCUAAGUUUGUCCAAGUAAUCCACACUAAUGAUCUUGUUCUCGGUUUUGGAAUUCGAAUGGGUCACGCAGACUACUACCCUAAUGGUGGAAGCAUUCAGAAUGGCUGUGCAGCUGAUUUGACUGGAGUUUGCUCUCAUAAUAGAGCAUGGAAGUUCUUUGCUGAAAGUAUAAAUGGUGACACGAAAUUUGUUUCUAGACGGUGUUCUAGCUACACUGCGUACAGACUAGGAACUUGUGCAAGAAAUACUGCUAGCGAUAUGGGAGGAUAUCCUGUUAACGUAAAUACACCUGACGAUGAAUACUUUUUAGACACCAAGUACUUGUCUCCAUAUGCAAAAGGUUGAUUUGUAAUUGUCUAUUUUUGAUUGAUUUAUUUCUUUAUUCGUUUCUUUCAGUAAUAAAUAUAUGUUAUGCAAUUAUGA